AUGAAUUGUGAACUCAGAUGUAUCAGUGAAUACAGGGCUACAGUCGGCGGACAGGUAUCCCUUCCCUGUAACACAAGUAUGUGGAUCGAAGAGGACAUCUCGCUGGUGAUCUGGUACAGGGGCAGCACCGGUAUACCCAUAUACCGGGUGGACGCCCGGUCCAGUCGACUGUCUAACUCGAAACAAGUGCCGUCCGACGAGUUGGGCGGUCGGGCGGUAAUGGAUGUGUCAGUACUGCCGCCGACACUCAAACUGGAGCCCGUGCUCGAGGAAGACGAGGGCGACUAUCGGUGUCGAGUCGAUUACCGUAUCAGUGAAUACAGAGCUACUGUCGGCGGACAGGUAUCCCUUCCCUGUAACACAAGUAUGUGGAUCGAAGAGGACAUAUCGCUGGUGAUCUGGUACAGGGGCAGCACCGGUAUACCCAUAUACCGGGUGGACGCCCGGUCCAGUCGACUGUCUAACUCGAAACAAGUGCCAUCCGACGAGUUGGGCGGUCGGGCGGUAAUGGAUGUGUCAGUACUGCCGCCGACACUCAAACUGGAGCCCGUGCUCGAGGAAGACGAGGGCGACUAUCGGUGUCGAGUCGAUUACCGUAAACAACGGACACAACACUUUCUCGUCCACCUCAACGUCACCGUUCCGCCGAAACAAGUAAUCAUUAAAGACGUGGACGGAAAUAGACUCCGGGAUGUGAUCGGACCGUACGAUGAGGGCGACAGUUUGACACUCGUGUGCGAGGCUUAUGGAGGU